CGAGGACUCCUGUGGGUGCACAGUCCAAAGUCGCAACCGGUCAAAACAAAUGUGCGCCGAGUCCUCGUUUCCACUUACCGCCGACAAAAAGCGCCGAGCCGAACAAGAACAUGUCGAAGUCGGCGAAGCCGUCAGAGGAUUGACUGCGGGCGGAGCAGAAUGGAACUGACGGACCACCAUGCAUCUCACAUCCCCUUGAAGAAAAAUAGAUUUCUAGUAGUGAAGUAGUUUGUUGCAUUUAGGAGCCUCGUGGGAACCAAAAUGAGUCGACACUUUUCUUGUGCGUUUUGCGUGGCUUUAUUUAUUUUCCCGUUCAUGAGCACUUCGUGCCCUGCACAGUGCAACUGCUUCUUCCACAAACUGAGCGACGGUUCCAAAGCCAGAAGCGUCCUUUGCAAUGAUCCCAAGAUCACCGUCAUUCCUCCAAAUUUCCCCAUGGACACCUCCAAAAUACGCAUUGAGAAGACAGCCAUCACGAGGAUUUCCAGCGACGAUUUUCGCUACCUCGGCAGCAUGGAGUUUCUGUGGAUGUCUUUCAACUCCCUGAGUUCUCUCAGCGUGGACAGUUUUCGGGGUCUCGCGAACCUGGACGAGCUGAGGCUGGACGGUAACGCCCUCACCUCAUUCCCGUGGGAGUCUCUGAGCGAUAUGCCCAAUCUGAAGCUACUCGACCUGCACAACAACAAGAUCUCCAGUAUGCCCGCCGAGGCCCUGGCAUACAUAAAGAACAUCACUUAUCUGGAUUUAUCUAGCAACACUCUCACCACCAUCCCUGCAGAUGUCCUCUCGCUUUGGUUAAGUGUAAAACCACUUCAGGAAGCUGAUUCUUCCAAAUUCAUUCUUGGCCUCCAUGACAACCCGUGGUUAUGCGACUGCCGGCUUUAUGAUCUGGUCCAGUUCCAGAAGUCCCCAAGGUCAUCGGUCGCUCUAAUAGACCCCAGGCUGCGAUGUUCCGACCCGGAGAGUCUGUCUGGGGUUUUCUUUACUGAAGCGGAAUUGCAGAGGUGCCAGGGCCCUCGGGUGCAUACCGCUGUUGCGCGUGUCCGGAGUUCGCUGGGCAACAACGUCCUGCUUCGUUGCGGCACUGUUGGCGUUCCAAUCCCUGAGCUUUCUUGGAACCGCGCUGAUGGCAAAAAAAUCAACGGCACCAUUCAGCAAGAGAUCUCACAGGAGGGCCUCAUUUGGUCCAUUUUGAGUGUGCCGGCAGUCUCUUACAGGGAUUCGGGAAAGUAUGUGUGCAAAGCCACCAAUUUUGUGGGAACUGCAGAUGCCAUCAUCUCCUUGGUGAUCACAGACACGUUUCGUGCUGAAGAGGCAGGCGGUGCGGUUGCCAAAAGACCUAGAGGAAAGAAGCCCGGCGGUGUGGGGAGGGCCGCGUAUCAGGAAAAGCUUAUCGCUAGGUAUGUCCCUCCCCCGACGACCUCUCCCGGCAAGCCCGUCAUCCAACCCCUCGACGGCAAAGGCGUCACCCGGAAGUACGAGGUCGAGAGCUAUAGCGUCUCCUCCGGCUCCCGAGGACGAGGCCGGGGCUCGAACCCUCGAAAGCCGGAGCAGGUUGCUUUGGGUAACAUGGUGGCCAACGCCUCAUCCUUACAGCAAGCCCCUGAGAAAAGAGUGGUGCGUUCGGUGAAGGUGAUCGGCGAUACCGACCACACCGUCUCGUUGAACUGGCGAGCCCCCACGUCCACAAAUAUCACCGAGUUUAGCGUCCUAUACGCCGUGUUCGGCGAGCGGGACAUGCGUCGGAUAAACGUGGGAGCGGGCAAAAACCGUAUCACCAUCGACGGCCUGGUGCCUAAAACAAAGUACAUCGCUUGCGUUUGCGUCAAAGGCCUGAUACCGAAAAAGGAGCAGUGCGUAAUCUUCUCGACGGAUGAGGCGGCCAGCGCAAGCAGCACCCAGAAACUCAUCAACGUAGUGGUCAUCACGGUAGCCUGCGUCAUCGCAGUGCCUCUCACUCUGAUCGUCUGCUGCGGCGCCAUUAAAAAGCGUUGCCGCAAGCUCUUCGGCCAGCCCUCCAAGGAAAUACAGGACUCCUAUGUCACAUUUGAGACUCUGGGCCCCGGGUCCAAAACUAAAGGGACGGAAGGCGAGUAUCUUACCCGGUUAACCCCUGACGAGUCCAACCGGCUGCUUUCCGCGAGGUCCAGCGUCGAUUCCGAGGCCAUAACGAGGACUGAGGGCCCACCUAAUGAGUACUUCUGCUAGAACUCGACAUUUGCCUCAACUUGUGGGAGAUGCACUUUAAGACUGGAGUUGUCAAAUCUGAUCCCUCGAAAGGAACUUGACAGCUCAUUUGCCACUGGAUGAAACAACUUCUUACAGACUUGUGGAAGAAAGCUAAAUAUAUGUAUAAAAAAAGGAAAAUGAUACACAGUGAAAUGGUUAUUUACAUGUUAAUGUAUAUAAAUGUGUUUUGGGACCUCUUACUAAAAGGUGACAGUUCAUCUUUUCAACCUAAACAACAUAUUUGAUCUAAUGUAACCUCUGCACUGUGUACAAACCUUUACAUCAAUUAUAUUUCGCAACACCGACGUCGAUUAGUCUGUUUUGUCCGUCGUCACGUGCCAGGUUUUCCAAACAAAACUCAACACAGCUUGCACAGUUUCUAAUAUGUAAAUAUGUUGUCAACUAACACAUCUGUAUAUGAAAGAGUUGUAUGUAAAUAAAAGUUGUUUUUAUAUACUGAUAACAUGAUUGUUCAUUAUGUUGGACUGAAACAACAUGAGUGGAUAUCAGCAAACACACAAGUACUUUUUAUUUUUAUUGAAUAGUUCCAGACAAAUGUUCAGGGGAACGUUUUAUUAAACCAACUCCUAUGGCUUGCCCAUGUGGUUUUCUUCUUUUUUGAGAGUGAAUUGGUUUCUGCUGCCCGAAGUACAAUCUGCACUAAUGUACCUUAUUGGUAGUGAGGGGAAAAUGAGGCUUCAAAUUUGCUUGUACUUUUUUUGAGUAAAUUGCUGAUUGAGCAGUCUGCAAAGAUGAGUGCUACUACAACUAAAGCAAGAGUUUUGGCCUGAAUGUUGAUUUGUGGCCAUGUUCAAAAAUUCUUUACGACAAAACCGUUUGCAACUUUUUAGGAACCUUGACGAGAUUCGCUCAGUGUUCAAACCCUCGCGGCUCAAUGAGAUAUGGGCUUUAUCGAGGUCAGAUUACUGUCCUCUCCAGACAUCUGUCGCCAUCUCUCUUGGCACCGCUAACCGGCCCGGCCCACUUAUGCAGACGGGCCUUCUGUUGUC